AUGUCCAGCAGACAAAAACGAACCGAAGAGUACCGAGGCCGCGAUAACCGGUACGACCGAUAUGAUAGAGACGAAUAUAGAGGCCGCGGACGCCCUGACGAGUAUAGAAGCAGACGUGAUCACCGCAGAUCAGUUUCUCCAGACGACCGUUUGAGACGCGACGACAGGUAUGCAUACCGACGCGAUUACGAAAGAGAGCCAUCUAGCUGGCGGGACAGAAAUUAUGGCGACAAACGGGACUCUCCACGACCUCGGUCGCGUGAGCGAUCGCGCGAGAGACGGAAAAGUCCUGUUCGGACUGAACGGGCAUCGUCCAAGGAUCAUGCAGAGAAAAAGCCGGAAGACAGUAAGGAGCCUUUGAAAUACUCAAAAGAUGAGGAUGAGUCCGAGGACCCGGAGCUGCUUAUGCAAAAGAUGAUGGGAUUUGGAUCGUUCGGAACAACCAAGGGCAAGAAGGUAUCGGGCGCCAAUGUUGGCGGCGUUGCCAAAGAAAAGGCCAGCAACUUUCGCCAGUACAUGAAUCGAUCAGGUGGGUUCAACCGCGAGUUGUCGCCGCCGCCCGAAGAGCGCCGGAAGCACCGCCUCGAAGCUGUUAUUUCUGGCGAUGAUCUCGAUGUUAAUAUUGUCAAUUCUAUGACUGAUAAACUACGGUUUGACGCGUCGGUACUGGCGGCCGGCGAUGGCGUGGUGUUAGCACUGCUCCCACCCGCCAUUGGCGUGCUUAAGUACUCAGCAACCGAGCAUGUGGACGGACUCGAUGGCGUGGUGGAGCUUAUUGAAGCUUUGCUUUCACGGAAAUCAUUUACAGAAGUGCUUACUCUGAUACCUUUGGACGACUUGUUGACUGCAGCUGCAACGGUACUUGUUCCUUCAUUGCAGGUUGUUGCGAUCCAACAGCUAAGCAAAGUCUCUACAGAGGAUUUGAUACAGCACAAGGAGAUUUUGCAGACCCUUGUAGAGCAACUUGCAGAUCCUGAAACCAAAUCAAUCAAAGCCUUUGAGAGUUGCUUAGUGAAACUUGCUCAAGGGGAAGCUGGGUUGCGCCAACUGGAGUCUGGUAAUACUUAUGCGGUUCUCAAGAAAAUGCACAACUCAAACAAUUCUGUAUUGAUUGGGCGUGUCCUCGAGGUCGCUAAAGGUCUUGUUGCCAUUGAUCCAGUGGCUGAGUUUACUAGCUUGAUUCAGUUUGAUCCAGAAAUCUUUAACCCGGCUCACUGGGAUGUGCUGCUUGUAAGCACAAUUAUAACAUACUACCGCGAGAUUUUGAGCAACUCAAAUGUGGUCAGGGCUCUUGAAAAUGAACUUUAUACAAUUGCCUACGUGUAUUCUAAACGAAGCGAAGAGCCAGAAGUGCGCAUGUUUUUACAGUCAGACAUUGUAGGUUUAUUUGGUACGCUGAGCCGUCAUUACCCAGAGGAAUUCCAUGCCAUUGAUGCAAAGUACAAAAUUGUGGAAGACAGCCUGACAGACCAGGAAGACCGCGUGCGGGUACUCACAAUGCUGGGUCCUAAAUACCUAUUACAAUAUCACAAGAGUGCCCUCAAGACAAUCAAGUAUGAUGCUAAGGACGUUUCAGCUCUACGGAAUUUGCUGAGCGAUCAAGAAUCGUUUGAGUUUAUGGCACCGACCCAAGCGCAAAUUCUUCAGCUGAAUGAGUAUGACGACAAGAUGUUUAUCCUUUCUGGUGUUUUAAAAACAGAGGCUGGUCUACAUGCACUAUUAUCGACUUGGCCAGGAGUAAUGAAUGAGAUUGUACACCCUACCUCAGCCGUUAGCAACCCGCAAUCACUAGAUUUACGACGCGAGGUUUUGGAAAUUCUCGUAGAUGCAAAACCAAGCGAUCUCGGUGUCUGGUAUGGUCCUGUUCGUGAGGCAUACCGUGAGCUGAUAUUUGGUAAGAACUCGGGUAAUGCCCCGCAAGUGGCUAUUGCUCAUAAAAGUGCGUAA